GUCUCUGUUCCUUAUAGAUAACAAUUUUUUUAGAAGGAUCAAAAUUUCAGAACAUUGACGAUUAUAUCAACUACUUACUGCAAGACAUUAGACAUCUAAAUUCGAGAUUUUUCUUUUUAGCAUUUUCUAAAAAUUGAAAAAGAAAAAUUCUACUGAAAUGAAAAAGUGGGGUGUUCAUGGAAGGCAUGAAUAUUGAUGUAUAACGAAUCAUUGGUUGACAAGUCAGCAAUUACCGGUAUGCGAAUGUAAACAAGGUUACCACCAUUUUGAUCUGUUUUCAAUUGAACCCUAAUUCAACAUUGAAGAUCUCCUCCCUCUUCACGUUUCAAUUGAAGACAAAAAUCAACACCUUCUUCAAUUACCUUCGCAAGUGACUAUUAGUGAGAAAUGCAAGAUCCAAGAAUUCCUUUGUCGGAGGAGAUCUUGAAUAAUAAGCCAAGGAAGAAGAAAAGCUCAAUUCAAAAGGCAUCUUUAUUUCAAUUGCAUGGGAAUGAUGUCAGGGAAGAUGGACAGGUGCCUCCAUCCAAAAAAGGUUCCAAAAGACACUUGAUGACUGAAGUGUCACCACAUUUUCAGAAACAGGAAGGUUCCAAUUCAGAUUCAUUGCCUGACUCCUCUGCAGCUGGGAACGAGUACCGUGUGUUGAGGCGGAAGUAUUUGUUGUUGGAGGAUGAGAGCUUUGCAUUAGGGAAAGAGCUAAGAGAGGUUGAAGAUGAGGUAAAAACACUGGAAGAAGAAAAGAUUGCGCUGCUGGAUCAGCUUGUUGUAAUGGAAGGCCUUGUUGAUCCAUCGGUGAUACACUCAUAGUGUUUGCAACUAUGUUAACACUGCGUCAUUUCAUCUCUUUAUCAUGACAUCUAUAUGUUGUUAUAUGAUGCCUAAAAUAGAAGUCACUGUUGGCUCCUUUUGUGUAGCUAUUUAGAUACUGGAUGGAUAAAAAUAAUUUGUCCGUUCACUAUUGUCUAGGAUGCAGUCAGGAUACUUAAAUAAUUAUGUCUUCAAUCAUAGUGGGUUGUUCAUAUUUCUUGUUCACUGUGGUUAUUUACCAUCUGGAAUCCUGUAGUUUCCUAUGAAUUAUGAUAUACUAUUUU